CACUUUAUCCGCGCCUGAUCGUUAACCUUAUCAGUACACACUGAAAAGCUGAAUGUAAAUCGCGGACGAUAAAAAUCAUUACACAAACACAACGAAUAACAAUCUGUAAUAAUCUGUGAUAUUUAUUACACAAUUCAGGUACGCUACUGCAGUCUGUAUUAUAAUAGCAGUUGGUGUAUUGGUUUUAAUUUUUUUUUAACGACGCAGGCAACAUGAUUUUGGUGUUUUUACCAGUUUAGUUGAAGUUAAACGUUUAGUUCCAGAGAUAUUAUGAUUUGCGAUUGAAUAGUUACCUAAACAAUGGAUGUCAGCAUGCACAGUACUAUGGGAAACAGAAUGAGGAUGUGGCCAAAUCGCCAAAGGAUUGGUUUACGUAUACGAUCGGCUUCAGCAGGCAGAGAUAAGCGUUCAGAAUUGCGAAAUCGGUCAUGGGCAUUUUUAUUUGAUAACUUACGUCGUAACAUUGAUGAAAUAUACCAAAUAUGUGAGUCUGACGAAAAUGUUUAUGAAUGUAAAGAAGCAAUUAUGGUUUUACAAAAUUAUAUACAUGAUUUUCAUAGCUUGGUUGAAUGGUUUCGAUUAAAGUGGGAAUAUGAGCAUACAGAUCCACCUCAAAGACCAAAUUUUCUUGCUUGGGAAAUUCGAGGAGCUUCUCCUAGAAAGAUGAUCCAAAAGGCUUCUAUUACUUCAACUGGAUUAACUCGAAGGAAAUUGGAACUAUUAUCUGAAUCAAUAUCUAGUGAUAAAAGUGCAAUUAAUUCUACUCAAUUAAAUAAUGAAGAGAUUAUCAUAGAAAAUAUAUCAAUUGAAAAGUUAUAUACUAAUCAGUGUUGUCAAACUGACUUUGAUUCUAUUGUCAAAGAUACAGACUUAGAUACCUCUAAAAAAGUGUUUAAACCUGUAACAAAACCAGUUGUUAAGUCUUUGAUUUCAGAUUCCAGUCAGAGGAAACAAAUCCCAGUUCUUGUUCCUAAACCCUUAAAAGUGUUGAAAUCAAAAGUAGAUGAAAAAGAUAAGAAUAAAAUAGAUCUGUUAAAUAUGUCAUCUACGUCAACUCCUCGCUUAACAAAACCUACAAACACAAAGACUAUUGAAAAUGUUAAAUAUAAUUCAAAGACUGUAAUCUCUAAGGAAAACAAGCAAAAAUGUAAUGAGAAUAAAAUUAUGGUCAAUAUUAAAGAUGAAAAAACAAAUUUGCCAACAAUAAAUACUACUAAAAAUGAUUUUGUUGAUUAUUCUAACAAUAGAGACAAUUUAUUCGACCCAAAAUCCAAUUUGGUUAAAUCUAAAAAAAAAUCAAUUGAAUCUAUACUUGCAGUCAAUACAGUUGAGAAAACGGAAAAAUUAACUCGUUCUAAAACUUCAAUUGAUAUAAAAGUCCCAAAAAUGUCAAAACGUGGUAUUGUGAAAGGAAAUGAUGGAUGGGAAACUGUUAUUAGAUCACGUCGUAGUAAUCCAUUAACGCAAAGCUCAAGUAGUAUAAAACUCAAAUCUCCGUUUGAUAUAAAGAAACGUUUUCAAGUACCAUCUGCUGCUAGUUCCAUGCCUACCUUAGCUUUAGAUUUAGUAUCUAGUCCAGAUAAACCGGAAAUUAUAAACAUUUUACCUGAUAAAAAUGAUCGUCCUAUUAUUUCCAAUGCUGUGGUUUUCCCCAAAAAGAAACGUAAGCUUGAUAAGCCGCCUGUUCCUAAAAAUAAAAUAAUUGAUCAGAUGAGAAAAGAAAUGUUGAAAGACGAAAUUGAAGAACGUCGAAUGUGCGAUGAAGAAUUGAUGCGCAAUAGACAAUUCUUUGACGAAGAGAUGAUGUUGGCCAGAGAAAUACGGGAAUUAGAAAACGCCGAGAGUAGCUGUAGUGAUGAUAUGACACAAUCUGAUCGUUAUUCAGACCUUUUAUGGGAUAUAAGCAGAUCCACAGAAUCUAUUAAACAAACUUAUAGUGCAAGACAAGCUAAAGCACAUCAAAAACGUCAACAACUAUUGCAAGACAAAUCAACUAAAGUCCGCGAACUGCUUAAAAAGGUUGGGGAGAGGAAAAUGUUGCAGAGUCUUAUUAUUGAUGAAAAAAGAGUUAAUAUUGAUAAAAAGCUUAAACGUGCUGAAGAAAAUCGUAAGUUACACUUACAACAAAUUCAAAAAAAAGCACAUGAUGAAGAAGAAAAACUACGUGAAAUAGCUUUUAUUAAUGAGUUGGAAGCACAAAAUCGAAGGCAUGAUAUUCUUACACUCUGGCAAGAACAAGAAGAUAGAUUGCAAACAAUAUUGGAAGAACGUAAACGUAACCAAGUACGAAAAGCUGCUAAAGAAGCAGCAGUUGAAGAACGUCUUAAAGCAUUGGAAGCUGAACGCCAAGGACGUAUCGAACAAAUAUUAGAAAGAAGGCGAAUAAAAGAGGAACGCAUUGGUCGAGAGCAACAAGAAAAAGAAAAGGAAAGACUUGAACUAGCUAGAGAAAAAGCUAAGGAAAGAGAAAAUAAAUUAACAGCUUUAUAUGCAGCACAAUCAGCUAGUGCUGAAGAAUUGCAAAAAAAAAUUCAACAAAAACAAAAGGAAUCAGCCAAGCGACAUGAACAAAAUAUUGAACAUAUUAGGCAACGAGCUCUUGAGUUAGGUGUUCAGAAAAAUGAUAUUGACAUGGAUAGAUAUUGCCCUUCUUGUGAAAUAUUGUUUGAAUCAGUGAUUGCUUUACAUCAUCACCUACGGACAAAAACUCAUAAAGAACGCAUAAAGAAAAUUAGAAAACAAACAAAAGUUGAACAUUCUGUAAUAGAUAAGUUUAGUCAAGAUGUGAAGAAGAAGAAAUUGAAAAGAGUAAAAUCUUUUGAUACCAUUUCAUUAGAUACAAAUGUAACUGAUGAAAAUAAUGAUAACAAAUCAAAAAUGAAGAAUAACAGGAAACGAUGUAUGAAGUUACGACACAGAAUUUUGACUAGAAGUAAAAAAAUUGAAGAUAAUUCACCAAAACGAGAUUCAUCAGUGGACAAAACAACAAUAGAAAUAUGUGUAAAUUCUAUUGUUAAACAUCUGAAUGAACUUCAAAAUGAACAGUGGUCCAAAAAUGCAUUAAAAAACUUAGAAACAAAGUUACUAUUCUUAGAAAAACGAUCAAACGAAAUUCCAGUAAAAGAUUUUCAAUCAUUAGUUUCUCGAAGUGAUGGCUUGACAAUUUUAAAUAAAAUACUAUUGAUGGGGUUGAAUGAAGAUAAGAGUACAAAUACUUCGGAAUUUUUGAUGAAACAUGUAACAAAGGCAAAUAAACUAUUUUUGAAAGUAUGCAAUCGUAGUGAUGCCAACUCAAAGAAUGUGAUAUUUUCAGAAAAUAUCUUUACUAUUUUAGAUUUACUUACAGCUGAAUUAAAUAAAAUUAUACCUGAUACUGGUGUUGAAAAUAAUUUUAAGAUAAAAGCUCAAACUGAUUGUGAAAUUAGUGGACAGCUAUUAGAAUUAUUAACGACUGUUUUUUUAUCAUUUAAAAUUAUCGACGAAGAAGACAAUGAACAUGUUCAUGACUUGAUCAGUUAUAUUUGUUAUAUUGGCAUAAUAGACAAGAUUGUACAAUUUUUCACUUUAGUAAGAGAUAGUUACCCUGAAACCAAUGGACAUGUGACUGAUUUUGUGGUUCAUUGUUUAUCCUUUAUCGGCAGCCUUUCAGAAGUCAACAUUGGCAAGCCAGUUAAAAAGUUCACGGAAAUUCUUAAAAACACUGAGCUACUAGGUGUGAUGCCAGUCUUAUACAGUGUACUGUUACGUGAUGACUGCAGUGCUAAUAGUCUAGGACCAACUGAUUUAUCUGCUGCCGCAUUAAAAGUUACCAAAGCUGUGUUUAACAUGUUGACAUCAACUGCUAAAAUGGAUCCAGAAACAUUCCAAGAAGUGCUUAGAGCUGAAAGUUUAUCAGUUCAAUUCCGACAUAUAGCUAGAUAUUUGUUAUGGUUUUGUUCAGAAAAACCAGAAAACAAAGAUAUUUUAAAUGAGGUUAUUGUUGCUGUUGGAUAUUUCACUUUAAACAGUUCUCAGCAUCAAUCAAUGUUACAAUCUGGACAAUCACCAACGGUGCUCCAAUUACUUUGUACGUUACCAUUUCAGUAUUUCAGCAACCCCACAUUGACUUCAAUACUGUAUCCUACACUUUUGGCAUGUUGUUCAAAUAAUACACACAACAGAGUACUAGUGGAAUCAGAAAUAUGCUUUGAUCUACUUGAAGAAUUUCAAAAAUCCACUCAAAAUCAAAGCAUUCAAAUUAUUAAAUUGAUUAAGUAAUAUGUCUAUAUCAUAAUUAUUGUUUUUAAACUAAUUAACUAUAUUCAUCUAAUACUUAAAUAAACCAUGUUAAGCUAAAGUAGGUACAUUUAAGGGUCCACCAACAAGUGAAAUUAACAUACUAGUCUGUUAACCUUGUGAUAAACAAAUUAUUAUUCUGUUGGUAUCUCUUCAGUAUUUAAUUGUGAAACUAAAAAUAAUACUAAUAUAAAAUAAUAAUUAUUGAUUAAAGUAUAUUAUGUUUUUUUCCAAAAUUAA